CUUUUGUAUUCUCCUCACUGCUGUCAUCGUUGGUAUUGAUGGAAUGGGAUGUCCACGGAAGCAAAUCAAACCAGGCCAGUUGCAUCGCCAUCUUAGCGCCUCGGAAAGUGAUGGAGGCGGUCAUGUUAUCCGUGCCACACGAGACUGCCGGGACAACGGGAUACCUUCAAUCGCUAGAAGAGUCAAGCGAAACUCAGUUGGUAGUUCAAAAAAAGCGGAAGGCGUCUUCUCUGUUCGAAGCGUCGGCCCCUCGUUCAUCCUCGCCAUUGGCAGCGUCCUCCAACUUGCAGUUAUCCUCAGAAUUUAAAGCAGAAAGCAUACCGCCGCUCAACGCUAUUGCUAGAGCGCCAGUUUUUUCCCCUACUACUGAGCCUGGAUUCUUUACGACGCAGGACGUCCCGGCGGGUCGGAACUAUCGGUACAUUCCUUCAAAGGUGUCUCCUACAUACAAUCCAUCAGCUGGGAAAGGAGAGCUUCCUUACUACCGUACGUCCGAGUCCCCGCCCACCGGGAUCGUGCGCGUUAGUUGGGAAGAUCGAAGUCCCUUUGUACGUGUCUCUGAGGAUGGUCUGUCUCUUAUGGGCCAUAAAGGGUUCCGAAGCGCGCGUUUGAACGUCCCCAUAAGGGAAGGCCAAUGGUACUUUGAGAUUGAGAUACUCAAGUGUGAUGGAUCAACUGGCUCACACGACCCUUCCACAUCUUCACAUGUGCGCGUCGGUUGGGGUCGCCGCGAGUCUUCUCUGAAUGGCCCUGCAGGUCUUGAUGGAUACUCGUACGGCUUUCGCGAUAAAACUGGUGAAAAAAUACAUUUAUCGAGAACCCGACCAUAUGGGAAGCCUUACCAAACCGGUGAUAUCCUUGGGUUAUACAUAUCCCUGCCUAAACAUCGGAAGGCAAAUUCCAAUGAUCCUCUCGAUCCAGCCCGUGUCGUCCCUAAGCGGACACCUAUUCAAUACAAAGGACAAUCGUACUUUGAAUCGUCUGAAUACCUUCCCUCCAAAGAGAUGAUUGCUCUGAUGGAAUCGACCAACCCGCUCAAAACCUCAGCAAAUGGUGGACUUCCCCCCCCUCCUACCAAAAGUGGCCCUCUCGUUAAAAAUAGUCCAUUGAAUGGCCUCACGAGGAAAAGGCCAGGGUCAAAACCAGUGCCGGCGCCAGCACCCAAAGUGGAACCCAUGCGUCCCAUCCCCACUUUGAAAGGUUCGGCUAUCAACCUUUUCAUCAACGGGGAGGAUCAGGGUGUGGCAUUCAGUGACCUCUACUCGUUUCUACAGCUGCGUCAGGAGCAAGAACGUGUUACAGGGAGCCGAACCCCUGCGUUCAAGGAAAGGGAGAAUUUCUUCGAUGAUGGGACGCUUGGUUACUAUCCGUUCAUUUCGCUAUUUGGUAACGCUAAGAUUCGCAUAAAUGCCGGUCCAGCAUUUUCAAACCCUCCGUCGGAUGAUUUUGUGGCGGGCACAGCCACCCCGCUUGCUGAGGACUCGGGGAGGAAGUGGCGUCCGCUGUGCGAACGUUAUCCGGAGUAUCUCUCGGAACUGCUGGCGAUAGACGAGGAGGAAGAGCGGCAACUGAGGAUUGCCAGGGCUGCAGCACUGGAGGCGGAGAAAGCCGAAGAAGCCAGGAAAGCGAAGUUGGAGGAGGCAUGGAAGGAAGCUGAGAAGAGAGAGCGGAAAGGAACCCCUUCCCGACGUGUCGAUUCAAAGGAGGGCACACCAGCCGCCGAAGGAAAGAGGAAACGAGGAUCGGUUUCUCCUGCUCCCGAGCUUGUCUCUCGUUCUUCUCGAUCCACCGCACCAUCCCGACUUUCCUCGAUCAUCGCUCAGGACGUACCUGCAACAAUCCCUUCAGCCGCUGAGGAAAGCGCUUAUGCACUAUUCUCGGGGACGUCCGUGCCUCGACCCGCCCAGCAUUUACCUGAAGAUGAUUCCACACCUCCAGGCUGGCGGCGGGCCAGGCCCACAAGCCCUGGUCAAAUACCCCGGCCCGUCUCACUUCCCAUAUCUUCCAGUUUUUGGAACGCCGAGGACUACGGUGCCUCAUCUUUCGCCUCUUCCUACACCCCCCCACCACCAACCAAUCUCCAAUUACCACGAUUGGAUCGAACUAUCUAUGAUCCCCCGUCCGCUUCAAUAGCUCCGCCUCCAGUCCCCCGAUAUCCCUCCUAUCUCGGCUACACCCGCGUGUUCGAGGAAUCGCCAUUGUCUGCCCCAGCUUACAAUGCUUCUAGCGCAUCGAAUGUAAGCACCACCACAAACACAAACACAUCUAACCUCGACCUCCCAAGCUCUCUCUCUCUGGCUCCUCUACGUCCCUCAUCACUCAGCUCCUUCCCAACCUCCAGGGCACCGCCCUCGGCAUUAUUCCAACACACACUAUCCCAUUCCAAUGAUUCUCGACCCAACACACCUCCUCUAUCUGUCUCGCGCCAGAUGACAAUUGAAGAGUACAUGACAUUACGGAUAUCUUCAACCUCUGCUGGGCCUUCAGCCGCUGGGUCCCCUUUACCUCCUCCUAGCAGCAGGGGAACUGAUACGCCGCCUGCAGGACCUGUUCCACUACCCUCUGAACGGGUGUACCAAAUUAGCUGUAGUGUUAGAGAAACAGCUGCGCCCAUUGACGAUAUCCUCAAGCCGGAUGGUCCAACUAUUGACACAUCCCUCGCACCAGGUACAUCAUCAAUACCAGAGGUUUGAUAUGGAGACAAAGCGUAUGUUACAAGCUGUACAUUUUCAUUUGUUUCUUACUAGACUCAAGAUGGACUACUUGCGAUGUAGAAGCAUUAUCUCUCCGAAAUCCCAGGACACUCCUUGUAAUGUACACGCAUUAAAUCUGUAUCUUGUCCUUCUAGAGGUAGAUGAUUACCUGCACGCUGUAUUACGUUGAAACUGACGCUGAAUCCUACGUGAUCUUCCCAUUUGCUUCGUUGCAUGGGAAGAAUUGUCAGUCGGGGGGGUGGCCAUAUAACAGGA